AAAAGGUAGCUUUUUGUUUAGUGUCUGUUGGAGUUCAAGGGAGGAAGAAGUUGCUCCUUGUUUAGGCUCUGGACGACAUGAAGCAGAGGGAAUACGAUGCUGGACGGACCUUCACUUGAAUUCUUCAAGCACCACAUCGGAGAGAUGAGAAUUAUUCAAAGAGCCUCACGGAGGAAAUGUUAAUGGAGAGAAACAGAGAGCAGAGGAUCGGUGCCUUCUGAGAAGUGAACUAGUUUUCGGGGUAAUGAGCAGUGUGUGAACUUGUUAACGCUGCCUAUUCUCUUUGACCUUAAUUUAAACUAAGGAUUAGCCAUCCCAUCAGAGUUCUUGGUGAAAAGCCAAGGCUUGUUUUGCCUCGAGCAAACUCAAAAGAAGGAUUGGGAACGAAACCUGCUACUCAUUCCCUCGUAGAAAGCUUUUACAUAUUUCCUUUGGCAAGGAACUUGAAGCGAUUUAAAAAGCUAAUUUAUUUGGACCGACUUCAAGAAAAGGAAAAACACACCGCAUUUACAUUUAUUGCCGUAAUGGAUUUGGAUCACUUCUAUAGCUCAGAUCAGGAGUAUGCUGUUUAUCUACCUGAAUUCAGCUCAUCAAAGCAUCCAAGAACAUAUUGAUAAUCUCCGUCUUCUCAGGCAAUGGAGCUUCGUAAGAGAGUUAAGCUGAGCAAGCCACAACACCAUUUGGGCCUUUCACAAGAUGCACCAGCUGCAGAAGGAUGCAGCAGUAACAUGAUGUGGAGGACAGAAAGGUCUAAUACCACACAGGAGGGUACAGCGGAGGUUUCUCUGCUCGGAGGAUCCGGUGCUUGUUCCGGUUCAGGCAUUCUACCCCAGUGGCCUCGGCGACAGUGUGUUUCCAUGGCAACCGGGCUGUUAUUAGCUGGGCUGCUGGCACUGACUCAGGCCUGGUGCGUCAACGCCAUACACGAGAAUCUGCUCUGGUUCUCUCAGCUCACGGAAGUGGAGCGGGAGAUCUCGUUUCGGACAGAAUGUGGACUUUACUACUCCUACUACAAGCAAAUGCUGCAGGCCCCUUCCAUACAGGAUGGGCUCUCAGAUUUGAUCCAUGACAACUUGACAGAAUCCAAGAGGACCAUUAAUCUCCUUCAGCGAAUGAAUAUCUACCAAGAGGUCUUUCUCAGUGUUCUCUACAGAUUGUUGCCCAUACAGUCGUAUCUGGAGCCAGUGUAUUUCUACAUUUACACAGUGUUCUCGCUCCAAGCGGUGUAUGUGAUCGCUCUGUACCUCACAGCAUGGCUCCUGUCGGGUUCCUGGCUGGCUGGUACGCUCACCGGCGUCUGGUACAUCCUCAACAGGGUAGAUACCACUCGCGUGGAGUUCACCAUCUCCCUCAGAGAGAACUGGUCUAUGCCAUUCCUCGCGCUACAGGUCACCGCUAUCACCUGUUACCUCAGGCCUCAACUCACCGACUUACAGCAGAAGGUGAUGGUGUGGUUGAUGUAUGUGACAACGUUUUGUUUCUGUCUGACGUGGCAAUUCAACCAGUUCAUCCUGCUUGUUCAGGCUCUCAUCAUAUACACCCUGGACUGUGUCGACUUCUUAACAACUACACAGGUGACCACGUUGUACCUUGUUCAAGUGAGCAGUCUGCUGAGUGUGUGGCUCCUCCAGUUCUGUAACUCCAUGAUUCUGGGAUCACUGGUCCUGAGCUUCAUCGUAGCCGCACUCUUCAUCAGACACUGCCAGUCUGGUCUGAAGACAGGGAGCCUGCUGGUUCGUCUGGGAAAACUGCUUCUCCACAGCAUCAUGGUUCUCCUCCUCACCGUCACCAUCAACUACCUGGCCAAGAAAGCACUUCAGCUCAGAUCAGACGAACACAUCUUUAAAUUCAUCAAGUCAAAGUUUGCCUUGGGGCCGACGAGGGAUUUCGAUGCCAGUCUGUAUCUGUGUGAGGAGGCCUUUGGUCUGCUGCCCUUCGACACACUGGAGCGCCUGGGUGGUACCCUGCUGCUGUACCCCUACAUCCUCACACUGCUGCUGCUCAGCGGCAUGGUGGCAGUGGCUGCACUGCAGAACCUCAGCAGACCUAAAGGUUCAGCUGAGGAGAGGAAAGGAGCCGCAGAGGGGCGAGUGCUGGCUAUCCGUCCAGAUGUGGCCUACAAUCUGUUGCAUACACUGUUCUAUGGCCUCCUGGCUUUCAGCACUAUGAGGAUGAAGUACAUAUGGACCGGCCAUAUGUGUGCAGUCGCAGCCUACGGUGUGUGUGGGAAGGAGCUGUGGACUCUGCUUCUCAAUAAUCUCAGCUGCAACAGUAAAGUUCUGUUAAGGCUUGUCAGAUAUGCGGUCCCGCUGGUGGUGAUCGGUUGCCUGUAUUACAAGUUCUGGCCUAAGCUGAUGGAGGAGCUAUCCGAACUGAGGGAGUUUCAUGAUCCAGACACUGUGGAGCUCAUGACCUGGAUUAGCACAAAGACCCCUAGGCGGGCUGUAUUUGCAGGCAGCAUGCAGCUGCUGGCUGGCAUCAAGCUGUGCACAGGCAGAGUUCUCACCAACCACCCCCACUAUGAAGAUAAAGACCUGCGGGAGAGGACUAAGCAGGUGUAUCAGGUAUACGCUCGCCAGUCCCCGGAGAAAGUCUACGACAUCCUGAGGGCCAUUGGGGCCGAAUAUGUGGUGCUGGAAAACAGCAUCUGCUACGAGCGGAGACACAGGCGAGGCUGCCGACUGCGGGACCUGCUCGACCUGGCCAACGGACAUAUCAUGGACGGACCGGGGGAGAAUGACCCGGACCUCGUGCCUGCCUCUCACCCUCGAUUUUGCGAAGAAAUCAAGACGGACGCGGCAGCUUACACCGCUCUGUUCUCCAGAACAUUCCAGAACAAAACCUUCCAUGUGUACAGGGUCAAGAAGAAACGCAAGAAAAGCACCAAGAGUCUGUCAGAGCCCAGCGCGACUCAGUAGCAGGAUCAGGGUUUGCGAGAAAAAGCUCGUCAGAGGCCAGAGGGGGAGAGAGACGGAGGAGAAGAGAUAAAAGCACUGAAUCCUCACUGUUCUUCUGUCUCCUCUCUGCACUGUGCCCAGCUGUGAUCAUGCCCAUUAUUUUUUUAACACAUAGCUCUGUGAACUGUGGUGUUAGAGCAGUGUGCUGGUUCAAGCUCGGGGCUGCAUUGUUUUAGUUAGUGGAGUGUGGAAGCACCUAUAGGAGUCCUGCUCUGGGCUGCUCUGCCUCCCACCGCCCACCCCGGCCUUCCCCCAGCUCUCACUGGUGAUGAACAGACACAGAAACAAGUGUUAGGCCUGUGAGCAGGCUCCAGAACACCACGAGCAACUCCUCGUCAACUUUACUUUGAAUCUCAUUUCUGCACAGCAUCAUGAAAUGAACAAUAAUACUAUUCAUUGCUACUUAUAAAUAUGUUUAAAUCAUUGUUUUCUCUCAUACAGGGUAGAUUUGGGGUUCAGUAGCAUUUAUCAAAUCUAGAGUAAACAUCGAAUCCUAUCAUCAGAGUCCUUUAUAAACCCUUUAUCAAAUCUAUUUAUGUGUUCGCAUUUAACACAUUUAAGUAACAGAAAUCACAAAUAACUUAAUGAUUGACAUUGAAAUACUCAAUACAUUGUAAUAAAUAAAAGCAUUUCUACAGAUACAUUAGUACAUUACAUGUUUGCUAUUGAGCUCUUUUCAAGAAACAAUUAAAGAUUUGUUGAUUAACAUUAUUGGAAAGAUGGCACUACAGUUCUGACUGAUAUGAGUUAUGAAGUGCAUAUCGGGAAGACAUCAAAAUGUGAAAAACACAUCAAUGUUGAUUUAAACUGAAGCCGUGGGCUCUUUGCAAAUACUCCAACAUAAAAACAAACUAAGAAAUGAUCUACCUUUCUUUUUUUAAUAUAUAUAUAUAUAUAUUUGUCUCUGUGACAAAACAAUUCCAACUGAAGUUGUGGUAAACUAGCUGUUCCAGAGCUUUCGACUGCAUCAGUGGAGUCUCGCUCAUGGACAUGGAUCUGUUCGUAUGCAACUGUUCAGUCCUGGUCUCACCACAAAGCAAAUGAAUCUGUGCGUCUUGGUGAAACAUUUGGUUCUAAUGCUAGUGUGUUAGCUAACCGCUAACACACUAGCCAGCCGAGACAUGCUAGCUCUAUUCAGUCACAGUAGCUGCUUUCUCUGCACUGUGCCGCGGCAGUUUGUUCUCCGUUGUCUGUAUUGUACGCGAUUUCAUUCACUAGAGUUUGCUAGCUGCUUGUUUGGUUGCUAACGGGCCAAUUUCAUACAGUGUAUUCAAAAGUAGUAUUUGUUUCACCGUCUCCUGUCCUCUAAAGGUGCUAUGGGUGAAACACAUCCAUCUGCAUCCACAGCUGAAGAGGCUGAGAGCUCCAGAACAAAUAUAUUUUGGAAUUUAAGUUGAGAUUUUGUUGUUAGACGACUAUUUCUAUGGUCACACAUAAACCUAAUGCUCAUUCCAUAAUAGUAUUUCUGAUUCAAACAUGAAACUGACUGUGUGGUAGUCGGCCAUGCUGUGCACUCAGCUGUAGUAUCUGUGGGGAAAAGCCACACUGACCAUUAGGAAGCCUUGACUCCACAGUUAUAGAUUUUAUCAAUUACCCUUGAAUAGAAACAACGUUGUUAGUUUCAAUUCCCACCUGGGUGGAAGCAGUUUCCACUGGUGCUUAAAUGUGUUUGUGCUGUAAAACUGAGGUCAAAGCUGGUACCCAGUGAUAUUUUUGACAUUGUUGUUGUUGUGCUUGCUGUCGGCUCUGUGAUUCUCAUCAGUGGCAGCCUCAACCUUUUCACUCUCUCUUCUCAUCACGCACGCACGCACACACGCACGCACACACACACACACACACACACACACACACACACACACACACACACACGAAUAAUGUAAGUGGCAAGGAAAUUGCAGCAGGCUGACAACGACGCUGAUUCCCCGCCGCAAUCCAAAAUAGUUUGUGAUAGAGAGAGAGAGGGGGCAACACUUGCAUAUCAAACUGAGGCUUUGUGGUUGGAAAAGAAAGUGGGGAGGAGCAGGGGGAAGUGGGGAGGGCAGGAAAGGCUCAUGUUUAAACAGCAGCGGAGGGGAGAUGAGAGCGUAUCAAAGUGUGGAUUCACAAUGAUCUAGAACACUUCCUCAUCUUUUGUUUCUUCUUUUGAACCAAACGGAAGGCAGAGGAGAGGGGGGGAUUGAAAGGCUGGAGCUGUGGAGGUAAUUAUGGGGUGGCCAGUCAGAGUUGCCUGCUACAAUGAGCCGCGGCACACACCUCCCUCCCACAUCUCUGUCUGCCUAUGUUUGUACGCUUGUUAAUAAGGACCUCUGUCUUUGAUAAUCCACACACUCGCAGAUGCAGACACACUCCUGCACACUGUUGUUGUGGUGCUUUUGAAGACGUUGUUGUUCGUUAACUGUCUGGCCUCAUUGUACCAAUAGGAUCAGUGUGGAACAGCACCACCACCACCCCCCCAGCCUUCAUAUUGGAUGUUUAAUUUAGGAGAUGUCUGAUUGCUUUAUUUUAGAGUGAAGUGAUUCCAUUAUGUUUCCCUAAUAAGAGUGUACCAAUGUAAUUUGUUUUUUUCACCAUUCUUAAUUUCCAUACAUAUUGGGAUUAGUAAUUCAUUCGGAGGCGCGCUGUCUGCAUAUGGUUUCCUUAAUUAAAAGGGGAUGAAGAAACCAUUAACUUGUGUUCAUAUGCAGAAUUCAGAGCAACGCUUCAUUUAGGCUCGUUCUGAAAGAACUAGUCGAUGUUACUGAAACAAAUGUGGCCACUUGAAUUCAUCUUUCUUCUUGGGAAAGGACUCUUUUGAACAAAGAGAGGAACUUAGAGACGUUCUUCAGCGUAACGCAGACUAAAGGCCAGAUUCCCUCCUGUAUCUGUAAUCUUCAGAAUAAGACGACCGACUUCCUCCUACAAAAAAAGUGUUUGUAUAUAUGGCCAAAAGUAUGUGGACACCAUCUCAUUACACCCCUAUUCUGCCACGCCUCUUUAGGAGACUCGCGGCAGUAUAUGGGUAUUUUUGUGAACAUAGCUUUUUCUAUGUUUUUCAGCCUAAUACACACACACACACACACACACACACACACACACACACACACACACACACACACACACACACACACAGCAUUUUAGGUCCCUUAAAACGGAGCUUGUGUAAAACUCCAGCCAGGGUGAAGAUUUUCAGAAACUCCAUUUUCAGUGUUUACUUGUUGACAGAAUAAGAGUUUUCUUGUAACGUCUGAGUGUGUGACAAUUGUCACCAAUGACGCCUCACUGUAAAUAUACAGUACCCUUCCACUAUAUUGGGCAUCAGAAUGCGCUACAGAGGUCACAGCUACUUCCAACACUCCCACAACAACAUUUCCGGUGGCGUGUGUGUGUGUGUGUGUGUGGCCCAUCCUGCCGACUGUCUUUGGCAGCGAUUCAAUUGCGGUUUCAUCUGGACAAUUUGUUUUGUUUUUAAACCAUGCUUUUGUGUGGACAGGAUUUUCUUUUUGAGAAGGAAAGAGGAAAAAGUGUUCCCAUAAAUCCCCGUGUACUCCUGAGUAUUCUCUCCAAUGGGAGAAAUGAACGUGACUACAGAUUCUGACUGAUUCUUUUGCCCCAUAGUCAUCAAAGUAAAUAUUGGACCCAUUUUUCACCAGCCACAUAUCUACCCAACAUAUUUGCGAGGCCCUAACCAACUAACUGUCGUUGUGCUAAAUACAAUAUAAAAACACGAGACAGUUGCGAGACCAUUUCAUAGAACUGGCGCCGCUUGUAACGUGUCAUCUUUAGUUAUAGAGCGUCUUUGAAGACUGUUUUGCACAGUGGAUGGAUUUAGAUAACUAUCUGAAGUCUUAGUUACAUCUCUGCUGUAAUCAAAGUCUAUAUUUUUGGCAACAUUUUGCACGGUGUCCUAACUGAUUUUGGCUGCAGGGAUUUGAUCACAUUCAGCCAUAAGAGCAUUAGUGAGGUCGGACGCUGAUGUUAGGUGAGUCAGGCUCUCUGACGCCAUUCAAAUGAACCCAAAAGUCCGAGUUGUGUGCAUGUGCAGAAGAAGACGAGUAUAUCUGUGUAUAUGUUGUUAGUUUGUUAUCUGUAUGGGUGUUAAUCUUGGUUUUAUUGUGUUUGGGAGCAUGUCUUGUGUAAAAAUGUUAGAUUUGAUCACUAAGAUUAUUAGUAUUCAUGAUGAACUGCAGUUAUGACGCAUGUGCCAUUCUUAGACAAACUAUCUGACAUUCUCUGGAAGCCUCUGAAACAGACGGACCCCACUGGGCUGGUGCCAUGUAAAUACAUGAAAACUAUUUAUCAAUGUGAAAUUUCCACGUGGGGUAAAAGGGUCUAAAGAACACGAGUGAUAAACUGAGUUUUGGACCUGCAAAGUGAGGUUCCACUCUAGUGCGCACUGAGAUAAACGCACAGAACUGAUGCACCUUAAAGGCGACAAAAGAGCUCCAUGUGACCCUGAACUCUUCAGCACAAGCACCGUUACAUGUUUCAUUUGACCUGUCAAUAGUUGAAAGCAGCUACCUGUGUGUGUAUUUGAAAGAGGAAUAUUGUUUUGUAAUGUAUGUCAGUGCCUUUGGUCAUUUUUUCAAUCUUUUCCUUUUUCUAAUAAUCCACUAAAAGUGUUGUACAGCUGGGUUUUCUACUGCAGGACAAACUAGUAAAUGUUAACUCUGAAAUUGAAUUUGUUCUCACGCCAAGCACGUUAUUUGUGGAAGGGACAGGGCUGCAAAUAACGAUUAUUUUCAUUCUCGAUUAAUCUGCCGAUUAUUUUCAAGGUUGAUCAAUUAAUGGUUUGGUCUGUAAAACGUCAGAAAAUAGUGAAAAGUGUCCAUUCCACUUCUUUAAAUGUCUUGUUUUCUCAGUCCAAAACCCAAAUAUAUUUACUUUAAUAUGAUAUAUAAAUGAGAAAAGCUAGAAAUCUCAGUUUUCUGACAUUUCUGCAUGAAAAAUGAUUAUUUAGUUGUUGGUUGACUCAUCGUUGCAGCUCGAGAAGGGAAAUAUAUGUAAGAUACUUGAGUAAGGUUGAAAUGUUCUCUAUUGCCAGUAUUAGAUAUUAGCCACAUGAAUGUUCAAUGGCAGUAUGAUCAAUAAAAGUAUUUCUUUAUUCCAAACA